GGUUCCGGAGCGUUAGCAUCUGCGCUCUGCAGAGGACCGGUAGCAUCGGUUCUAGGAUGCGAGGGUCAUCUCCUCCGGGGCAGGGGUCAGAUCCUCGGGAAUCCGAGACAUCUCGUCCAGCCAGCUGCCCCAAACGGGGCGCAGGCCAUUGUCACCAGUCUAGGAGACUCCGGAGAACCGCCACUCCGUCCCUCUCCGGUGCAGAAAGCCAGCUUCCCGUGGUCCGCUGGGAAGAUUCCUGGCUAUCCACCAGAUCGAGGCAUCUGAGGGCAGGAGAUGAGCCAAGCAUGCGGGAUAGAACAGUGGAGAGCACUUUGUUCUGACUGCCUGUCCUCCCCACCUGAACUCUGACUCGGCGCCGCACACUCCCCCCGGGGGGGGCGGAGGGGGGCGGCGCAGUCACGCGCGCCCCACACUUGCGCUCACAAGCACGCAAGGCUCUCUCUCUCCGCCCCGCACACCUGCGCUCCGCCCCCUGGUCCCGGGCUGGCGACUGGAGAAGGCAUUUGGGAACCUAGGGCGGCUGCGGCGGCGCCCCCCCCCAAUCCCCAUUUCCUUCCCCUUCCCACAGACGGAGUUGUCCGGAGCCAGCCGCCGCUCCCAACCAGCCCGCAUCCCUCUUCAUCCUUCCCUCCCCCCGCCUGCCGCGGCACCGGUAUCUGCAGCCAGAGCCCGGAGCCGGUGAGGCGGCGAGGGGGGGAGGGGGAGGAAGCAAGGGAUGAGCGCCGGGAGGGCGUCGGGGGCCCUAAGCCGGACUAGGACGUCCCUGGAGCCGGAACCCGAGCCGGAGCCGGAGCCAGAAUCAAGCCACCGUGUCCUUGGGAGGGACGGAAGCUCAGGACAAGCUGGAAAGGGGAACGCUCUGGGCGUCGGGGAAGCAGGAUCAGGGUCGUGGAAGAGGGCUUGCGCAGCCACCGUCUGGCACCCCUGCCCCGGACCAGCACCCCUGUCCCUAGCUGCAGCCCCCUACCCCCAGGAGGCGCCCUGGCCCGCGCUCGCCCCCCAGGGCCUCAUGUCGGAACCACAGCCUGACCUGGAGCCGCCCCAACAUGGGCUAUACAUGCUCUUCCUGCUUGUGCUGGUCUUCUUCCUCAUGGGCCUCGUAGGCUUCAUGAUCUGCCACGUGCUCAAGAAGAAGGGCUACCGCUGCCGCACGUCGAGGGGCUCGGAGCCCGACGAUGCCCAGCUCCAGCCCCCUGAAGACGAUGACAUGAAUGAGGACACCGUAGAGAGGAUUGUUCGCUGCAUCAUCCAAAAUGAAGCCAAUGCUGAGGCCUUGAAGGAGAUGCUGGGGGACAGUGAAGGAGAAGGGACAGUGCAGCUGUCCAGCGUGGAUGCCACCUCCAGCCUGCAAGAUGGAGCCCCUUCCCAUCAUCACACAGUGCAUCUGGGCUCUGCAGCCCCUUGUAUCCACUGCAGCCGCAACAAGAGGCCCCCACUUGUUCGUCAGGGACGCUCCAAGGAAGGAAAGAGCCGCCCCCGGCCUGGAGAGACCACCGUGUUCUCUGUGGGCAGGUUCCGGGUGACACACAUUGAGAAGCGCUAUGGGCUACAUGAGCAUCGUGAUGGCUCUCCCACGGACAGGAGCUGGGGGUCUGGUGGAGGGCAGGACACAGGGGGUAGUCAGGGGUCUGGGGGAGGGCAGCCCAGGGCAGGGACACCUGCCAUUGAGAGUGUGCCCCCUGAAAGGCCACAGCCCCCGGGCCUUGCCAGUCCCCCAGUGCAGAAUGGAGGACUCAGGGAUGGCAGCCUAGUCCCUUGUGCACUUGAGGGGAACCCUAGAGCCUCCACAGAGCCCAUUCCUGGGGCUGGAGAGAAGGGCUCAAGCCCAGGACUGGCCAGUCGAGAGGCAAUUGGACAGUCAAGCAAACUGGACACCUCAGAUCACCAGGUGUCCCCACCACGGGGAGCAGGGGGUGUGUGAGCCUCCUUCUUCAGUGUGCUGAUGGACUACCAGCUGGCAGGGCCAGGGGGUGGGUGGGCAUGAAGGCCCUCCUCCCCACUGGACAGCACUGCCCCCCACCUGAGGAACCAGCUCUACUUCCAUCUGGAGUUGCAUGGCCUCAGGCUGGGGGACCUCGGGAGAAGUCUCAACCCCAUCCCUCAGUCUCUUUCACAUCCCCUGCCUGCCAACAGGCUGCCUGACCCCUUCCCCAUUACCUCGCUCCAUUUGCUAGAGCGUGGCAGCUGGGAGCAGGCCCCUGCCCUUGGUGGGCCCCUAAAGCAAUAGCACCUUAGGCCCCCUGCCCUCUUGGCAAAAGAGGUCCAGGCCCUGGCUUGGGCUUAGUGCCCUUUAUUCACUGUCAAUAAAUCCGCUCAGACCAUUA